CAAUUUCUAUUAUGGCUAAUCUUGUAUUGAUUUUUGUCCAAAAAUUAUACCUUGCUAAUCAAGAUAUCAUUUUCAGUAAUAAAAUCACGAUUUCCUGUACAUCUAGUUCCAUUCGAUGCCAUGGUUUUGAUUGUACAAAACCGAUGCCAUUUUUCUUUUGAGCAGCACAUGGGCAACAGGGCAAGCCCUCUUUCUCGAAUGCAUCGCUCUCUCUCUGCCAUGGCUGCUGUUUUGACAAGAACACUGCUAACUCUGCUAUUACUGUCAACAAUUCAGCAAAAAGCAGGUGGGGAGUUUGAGCAAUGGUGUGUAGCAGACGAGCAGAGCCCAGAUGAUGAAUUGCAAAUGGCUUUGGAUUGGGCGUGUGGAGGAGGAGGUGCCAACUGCAGCAAGAUCCAAGGAAACCAAUCUUGCUUUUACCCAAAUACAGUGAAAGACCAUGCUUCAUUUGCCUUCAACUCCUACUUCCAGAACUUCAAGCACCACGGUGGAUCCUGCUUCUUCAAAGGAGCUGCCAUCAUUACUGAGACUGAUCCUAGCCAUAACUCUUGCCAGUAUGAAUUUAUUCCAUAGCGAGGAGAAUUAGAAAGUGAUCAGAGAACAAAAACAGAGGAAAGGGGACAAAUCCCAUGGAAGAUUGAUUCUUGUUGAAGUUCUUUACUUGUUCCAUUGUACUUAGCACAAUUGAAUUUUAUCUUUCCCCAAGCAACCAAAUUAUUUCAUUCUUUUCUUCCUGUUCUUGUUGCCUUUUCUGGCAGAUUCUUGUAACAGAUAAUUGAUUUACUUCCUUUAAGGUUCUUGCUACUUUGUCUGUUUCUGAGAAUCAGUGCUGACAUGGGAAAUGAUCCGGGAAAUAUAUUACUAAACGGAAUGUGUAUUGUUUGAGCACAAAAUUUACUCUUUUUGGGUUCA